UGCGGCGCGGCAGCGGCAUGGCGGGAAGGCGAGAGCGGGAAGGCAGAGGAACCUGUCCUGGUAUGAGAAAUUCAGGGCGUUUGUGAUGUAGUUGUUUACAGGUUUCUGCCUGCUCAAAUGGUGAAAUAGAAAUCCAUGCUGCCUGCCAGGUUACCACCAGCCUAACACCAUGGAUGUUUUGCCUCAGGACCCCAGUGAACAAACUGUUACGUUUUUUGACGUUUCAUUCACUUGCCCUAUUGCUGGUUGCCACAAGGAGUUUACCAAGACAAAAACCUAUCGAAGUCAUAGAGUUAAAGCUCAUGGACUUCCACGCUUUAACUGUAUUGUGUGUAAAGCACCAUUUGACACACAUCCAGAGCUAAUCAAACACAUGUACCUAGAAAAUCAUGUUGUUGCAUGUACAUUAUGUAACCUUAAAUUCAGAAGACCAGGAGAGGCUACUUCCCACUAUAAUCAAAAGCACAAACAGUUUACUUGUGGGGAUUGUUCUCUUAACAUUAGAGGAGAAAUAGAUCUUAAAGCUCAUCUUCAGUUCCACAAUCAGGAAAGAAGUCCCUUCAAUGCUGCUGCAUUUGUAGAGGUGGCAAUCAGUCCUUUCUCCUCCGAUCUCCCUAGUGAGAUACAACUAAUGCAAGAUGAUUCAAGAGAUCUGAGCGGUUCAGUUUAUUUCCCUAUUGAUUUAGAUGAUGAUUCAAAUGUGCCCCCGGACUCUACAACUCAAAUCCCUUCAACCAUUUCUAAAGCUCUGAUGCAGACAGCAGAUUCAUCAACAAUGGCUUGCUCAGACACUGAUACUGCUGACACAGAAUCAUGUUCAGACUCAGAGAUUGCUCCAAGUAAGACUUCGAGUCAAGAGAUUGAAGACUGUCGGGGAUCCUCAGAGUCUCCUCUAGAAACUGCCCAAACCAAGACUUCCAGCUUUGAUGCUGGAGACAGUACUGCGUCCUCAGUGCCCGCUGUAGAGACUAACGCAACUAAGACUUCAAGCUUUGAGGCAGGAAACAGUCAAGGCUCUUCUGAGUCUUCUGCAGAGGCUGUGGUCUUUGGCCCUGGAGCUUCCGAACUGUUCAAUGGGAAUAGUGUAGAUCAACUUACUGUAACUAGUGAUUCUCCUCAACUCUUAUCUUUGGCAAACAAGGAGGAUGAUGGCAUGGAGUGGAUUGGCCACAAUGUGGAUAUGUACCAAUCAAUGUCAGAGAAACACAAGAAAACAUACAGAUACAAUUGUAGCAAAUGCUCUUGUACCUUUAAGAAUAAGGACAUUCUAAGAAGACAUUUGAAUAUCCACGACUUUAUAUGCAAAGUCUGUUUCUUAAGAUUCAACUCUUUAGGAGAAUACAAAAAUCAUUUGAAGGAACAACAUUCAAAACUACGAACAUAUCCUUGUUCUAAUUGUGGCCACAGCUUGCAGGGACUAAAAAGUCUGAUGGUUCAUGAAAUGAUACACAGACUUAAUUUGGCAUUUAAGCGUGAGGCUGAGGAUGCACUGCAGUUAGAUUUGCUUCACAGAACACUGAAGUCUUAUGAGUGUAAGUUCUGUAAAGAACGGAUUGAAGGUUUUUCCAAAUUUGUGAGACACGCAGUUUGGCAUAAUUGGGAGUCCAUGUGGAGUACCUAUGUGGCAGGUCGAAUUUUUAAAGGAACAUUCACUGAGGAUGAGGCUAACAAAUUUGGGAGAGAAGUAGAAGAGAAACUAGGAAUGAAAUGGAGAGAUUGUUGUAAUAAAAAAGUUAAAAUAUUGGAAAGUUCUGCCAUAACUCAGGCAGUGAAGCAGACUAAUACAACUGAUAAAACAGAUUCUGAUAAUGUGGUAGAUGUAUCAAAUGAGUCAGAAAUUCCUGAGACAGCCAUGCAUACUGAUGAAACAGAAGCCAAAUCUGAUACAACUGUAGAAAUUAGUCUUUCGAUUGAUGACUGGAUGGACUACUGGAAUUCAUAUCUUGGCAUUGAUGAAUCUUCACCCUCUUGGGUAAAGCCUUUUGUAAAGAACCUCCAAAUGCAAUGGAAAUCAUUCAAAACUGACCAACUAGGUUGCCUUUAUAAACAGAUGGAUCAGAUUGGUAUGUUGUUACUUGCUCAAAAAAAUGGCACAUCUUCAGUUGGCCCAACUGUGUCAAUAGAAAGAUUACCCCCAUGCUUCAUUGAUUCAAAGCAGGAAAUGCAUAACUCUUCUGUUAAAAAUUUGAUAAGAAGAACACAUAGCAAAGUGACCACUCCUACUUCAAAUGCAGUUUGUAUGGAUACCCUUUCCACCCUUAAGUCACAAAAAACAACUUUCAGUCCCACUGAAGACUGUCCUGGCCCUGCUUCAGUCAAGAGGGCACGGAGCUUUGCACCCAAACAGUUAGGGAUUGUUAAAAAAGACCUACUUAAAAAGCGCACUGAUAGAGCCAUUAAUUCCUUCUUGAAAUGUUUGGUCUCUGAAAAGGCCCAGGUUUGGAAACCCCCAUCAGCUCGAGAAGGCUCAAAAGAUAAAAUGAUUGCUUGUGCAAGUUCCAAACGCCAUUCACAGCUAGAUACAUGUGAGAAGUUGGGUGAUCCAAAGACUCAAACCACUUGUGGUUCACCUAUUUCAGCAAAGGAAUGCAGAUCUGGAUUGAUGAGGCCAUUAGUCGUCCUCUCGAGAUUAGAUUGGAUAAAACCAGUGAUUGGAGUUCAAAAGAAGGUAGAACCAACUUACCAAGUUGGAAAGAUAUCAAAACCAGUGGUCCAAGUUGAAAAGAUGCCGGAAGCUGUGAUCCAACUUGAAAAGAUGCCGGAAGCUGUGAUCCAACUUGAAAAGAUGCCGGAAGCUGUGAUCCAAGUUGAUAAGAUGCCAGAAGUCGUGAUCCCAGUUGAAAAGAUGCCGGAAGCUGUGAUCCCAGUUGAAAAGAUGCCGGAAGCUGUGAUCCAAGUUGAAAAGAUGCCGGAACCAGUAAUCAGAGUUAAAAAGACAUCGGAAGCAGCAAUUCGAGUUGCUAAGAUGUCAGAACCAGUAAUCAGGGUAGAAAAGAUGACAGAACCAGUGCUCAGAGUUAAGAAGAUGGUAGAGCCAGUGAUCCCAGUUAAGAAGAUUACUAAUGCUGCUUUACCCUGCAACACAUCUGACUUCCUUCAAAUGGUGGCAUGGACCCAGAUAGAGAUUGGCUGCGAAAAGGUGCCCGAUUGGGCAAUGUCAUUAAUUGACAUUGUCUAUAAAAGCUCCCAACCAGAAGACAACAAAUUGCUCAAGAUGUAUCAAAUAAGGGAUCUCAUUAAAAUAGAGCACGGUGAAAAUGGAAGUAAAGUACAAAGGCCAGUGGUCAAGCUUAUGCGCUUGCGUUGAUUACAUUUGUCUGGAAAUUGUGACUUAUCAAAGUUACCAAGUCAAAUUUAGGUUUUAUGCAAGUGACCUUUUUUUUCUUUCAUAAGUACCAAUUUGUAUGUUUUGAAAAAUAAAAAAGUAUCAAGACAAAUGUU